GCACUAACCCCCCAAUCCACCAAUCAAACCCUCUCAAUCGUCCUUCGCUUAAACACAUCCUCCGAUUCUCCGUAUCAAUAAUCCAGAACAUUCAUUUCUCACAUCUGCGUCUGUCUCCGUGCAUAUCUCUCUCAGCCUCACACACCAUUCAUUUUCUCUUUUCCACAAUCUGACCAAACCCUCACGUUGCAUUUUGCAAAAAGACAAAAAGGCCACACAAGAUACACAACCCAUAUCUUGCACACACCCGAUUUUCAUCGAAUCCCAAUCCCUUUUGCUACUGAAUUAUUCCAAAAUGGCUAGAGGAAAUCAGAGAGAAAAGUCCCGUGAGGCUAAUGCUAAGAAACAAGCCCAACUUGCUAAAGCCGGAAGUGGAAUGUCGAAAUCGCAAAUGCAGGCCGAGAAGGAUAAGACUCGUGUUCUAUUAAUGGAGAAGCAAAAGAAAGCCGACGAAAGAAAAGCCGCCGAAGCACUCGCCGCCGCACAAGGAAAGAAAUAGAUUCCAUUCCAUUCAACCUCUUCUCAUCUUCCGAUGUUAUCAAACUGCUCCGCCAUGAUACGAUAUGAAAUCACCUUAAAUCCCACCAUCUAUCUGAAGAACGAAUCUCACAGAACAAUUUUCGCCCCUCGCUCGCCCAGAGAGAAAGGAUGGAGUUUUAAGGCGAGCAGGCAGGCAGGCAGACAGGCGCGAAAGAAGUUCGCAGACUUUCCCGAUAUUUCUCAUCUCCAGGAAUCUUAAUUUUAUUUUCAUUUUCCUUAAACAUUUCACACUACAUUACAUUUGAACCCCCCACCCCAAGGUGUUACAGACAGCGUCGGAGCAGCAUUUCGGUCCUUGAAAUUUUUAAAAUCUUAGAACGCGCGUGGGAAUUCUUUCAUUGUGAGGGGAGGUUGAAAUUCGGUCGUUUAUUCUAGAAUGCGUGGAUUGCCUAGGCUUUUUUGGCUGUGAUGGGUGGAUCGUAUGGAUAGAUGGAUGGAUGAAUGUUGCGGGAAUCAUUCGUUAACUUCGUUGUGUGGUGUCAGAACCAUGUAAUAUGGGUAGGCUCUUUAAUAAAGUUUCUCAAUAAUGCUGUCA